AUCACCAUUCCCGGUUCGACUAUCGCUCGCUUUCCAACCACUAGGCAUCAUAGAGGGCCAGUCUAUUCUGGUUUACGACAAUUGGAACUCCAGAGUCAAAUCCAAACCUCCUCAAAGCAGUAUCUUGGCGCAGGCCAGAGCACCCAUUGACUGCCGUAAUAUCUCUCCGUGGAAUUCACGGUGCUCAAGCGAACGACCAAGUAGCCCGCUGGAACUUUCACAACCCGGAACAUUCGAAGGGUCUCAGAUCCAUCGUGGAUCGGUGUCUCGCAAUUCCCACCAUACCACGCGAUGCAGCCCAACGGCACCACAAGGCGGCAUAGCCCGGCCGCACGCGCUGCACUGAUUGCGCUCCUGUCAGUCUCACCAGCAAUGGUUACAGCGCAGUCGGAAGAGUGUGUUUCGUUGGAGGGGUCUUCACUUUGCUCCUCGUGGCAGUCGGCAUCGUUCUCCAGAAACCAAGAUCUCACGAAUGAUUUUCCGUUCUUGGAAUUUGUCACAGACAGAGAGUCCUUCGACAAGGAGUUCUCCCAAUACCUCAAAACUACGUACAUCCGCGACAAGUACCAGCGUCUGUUUGAUUGCAGCGGCAUUGACUUGACGGACAGUCAAGACUUGUAUGCUCGUUGGACAACUUCAGUCCUCUGCAACUCAAUCGUACAGCAGUCUCGGUCACCGUGUGGUCUCUCUGACGAUGAAGCUGUGCCUCUCUGCGCGGACGCCUGCGCCGAGUUUGCUCAGAGUGCUUCAUUUUUAACCUCAGACCGAGAUCUCUGCCCAAAACCCACCGACGAUCUAGCUCAACUUAUCCGAGCUGACUUUGUUACCUGCCACUUGCCCGACGACUCAUUGGGCGAAAACUGCAUCAACCCCGCCAACAACGGACCUGACGAGGACAACUGCGGAUUCGGCAAUAGCACCAUUGGUCUUUGCUGGCAUUGCUCAGAGGGCGGUGCCAAUUCGACCGAGACAUGCUGUUAUAACUCCAAUGCCGAGGAACGAUGUAAAGGCGUCGAGCUUCCCGUCAUUACUUCCACUUUGGUUCUCGAAACCCCCACGCAGUCUUCGGAGCCCGAAAACACCUCAUCAUCAUCUGGAGAGAGUGGCAGCGGCAACAGCAACAGUAGUGGCAAUGACGACGACGACUCUGGUGGUCUCAGCGGUGGAGCUAUCGCAGGUAUCGUCGUUGGUACUCUAGCGGGGAUCGCUCUCAUUGCUGCUGCUCUCUUCUUCUGUGUCCGGCGCUCAAAGCGCAGGGAAGGAAGCCAGCACGGUAGUAUUUUCAACCAGCCCUCGCCGAGCCGCGGAGGCGCCCGUCCCAUGUCGCAGGCACAAGCACAGGAAGCGCCCCAAGGCUACGAGAUCCUUCCCGGAGGCCGCAUUGCGCGUAUGUCGGCACUCGAGGGACACUCUGGAGAUUCUUCCCCUCCACAUCACGGCAAGACUGCAGCAGCAGCCGCUGCCGGCGCUGCCGCUGGCUACAUGGGAGGUCGUCGCAAGGAUAGCAACACACAGUCGUCAUCCGACGAAUAUGCCGAAUCCGAGCCACGGACAGGUGUACUUCGUCCCCCGCCCAGCGCCAUGCGGAGGAAUGGCUCCCUUUCUAGCAAUUCCGUUUUCGGGACUUCUGUGCCCCAGUCGCCCACAAGUCCAGAAGGCUUCUCGUCUCCUCAGGGUGUUGGUAGCCAGCAGUCCGAACAGCUGCCAUUCUUCAAGGAUUACUACUCACAAGACGACAUUCACCCCGGUGACCGUGUGGCUGUUCUCUGGGCUUACCAGCCUCGUGCUACAGACGAGUUCACUCUCGAACGUGGGGACAUGCUCAAGGUCGUCGGUAUCUGGGACGAUGGAUGGGCCACGGGCAUCAUGAUUGAUGACCGGGCAGAAGAUUGGGAUAUCAAGCGCCAGGCUCAGCGUGACAGCGGCGUGUCCCAUGCGUCCGGCCGUCGCGACAGCUCGCCCCAUGCCAGCGGGGAAAUCAAGGCGUUCCCCCUGGUCUGCGUUUGCAUGCCCGACCACUGGAGGAAGACGAUUGAAGGAGACGGAUCAACUGAUGUGGGAUCCAAUGCCAACCACCCCCUAUCUGGUCAAAUGUGAUGAACCCAUUUUCGACCUAAUUAAUUGAGUACUCGGCGCAUAUUGGCCAUCGGUUCAAACCCUUCGCGCUACUUUGGACGUGGAAUCGUGGCUCCUCUGCUCAUCGCUUGACUCUGCUGGAACAGUUCAUUUUUAGCG